CCACGCCCCGCGCACGUCACUUCCGGCGCGAGGGGCCGGGCCGGCCGGGCCGGGAGUGCGGGUCGGCUCUGUGCGCGCUGCCGGACGAGGCUCCCACUGCCGCUAGACCCGCGCUCCGCCCCGUGUAGCCGGGCCGACUGUCCUGCCCUGGGCUUGACGCUGCCGAGGCCCUGGAGAUUACACAGGAGGCUCCAGGCGGAGGGUGAAGCCCAGUGUGGGGCCACGCACAUCCACGCGGUGCCGCCCUAGGUGUGUACCCUCCGGCCCGUCUCUUAACCUCCCAUCGUCCGCUAAUAUUCACAGAGCACCGUCAUGUGCCAGGCUAGGCCUAUAGCCAAUGGACACUACAGUCUGUUUCCCAGGGAUCCUGGUAGCUAAUGUCAGAAGAAAGUGACUCUCUGCGAACCAGCCCCUCUGCGGCCUCACUCUCGGAAAAUGAGCUGCCGCCCCCGCCCGAGCCUCCCGGCUACGUGUGCUCGCUGACAGAGGAGCUGGUCACCAAAGCCAGGGAAGAGCUGCAGGAGAAGCCGGAAUGGAGGCUCCGAGAUGUGCAGGCCCUCCGUGACAUGGUGCGGAAGGAGUGCCCGACCCUGAGCACCUCUCUGGAUGAUGCCUUCCUCCUGCGCUUCCUCCGCGCCCGCAAGUUCGAUUACGACCGGGCCCUACAGCUGCUGGUCAACUACCACAGCUGCAGGAGAAGCUGGCCCGAAGUCUUCAACAACCUGAAGCCCUCGGCCUUAAAGGAUGUCCUCGCUUCCGGAUUCCUCACUGUGCUGCCCCACACUGACCCCCGAGGCUGCCACAUCCUGUGCAUCCGCCCAGACAGAUGGAUACCGAGCAACUAUCCAAUUACCGAAAACAUCCGAGCCAUAUACUUGACAUUAGAAAAACUCAUUCAGUCUGAAGAAACCCAGGUGAAUGGAAUUGUAAUUCUUGCAGACUACAAAGGAGUGAGCUUAUCAAAAGCAUCUCACUUUGGCCCUUUUAUAGCCAAAAAGGUGAUUGGCAUCCUUCAGGACGGCUUCCCCAUUCGGAUAAAAGCAGUCCAUGUAGUGAAUGAACCUCGAAUAUUUAAAGGCAUUUUUGCCAUCAUAAAACCAUUUCUGAAGGAGAAAAUAGCAAACAGAUUUUUCCUCCAUGGGUCUGACCUGAACUCUCUCCACACAAACCUUCCAAGAAGCAUUCUCCCCAAGGAGUAUGGUGGCACGGCUGGAGAGCUGGACAUCACUGCCUGGAAUGCCGUGCUCCUGGCCUCAGAGGAGGACUUUGUGAGGGAGUUCUGCCCACCUGUCUCCGUCUGCGACAGCAUCCUGGGCCAGGCCCUGCCGACGGAGGGGCUAGCCUCAGAUGCGCAGUGUGACGAUUCCCUACGGGCCGUGAAAUCACAGCUGUACUCCUGCUACUAACCAGUCCCCUGUGAGUGCCACCAUCUUUAAAUCCUUUCCUUUUUCUCUGGAGAGGCGCAAGGAGAAUCUGAGGUGCCCGUGAGUCAGUCUUGCUCCUUGUAAUUAAAUUGCAGCCUGUACAGCUCUGAAGGUGAGCCAUGGAGUAAGGCCUUGGUUAUUGGAAUUAAUCCAUGGAAGACAUGGAAAAUGGUCCCAGUGAUUCUCAAACGUUUGGAAUCUCAGUUGGCAACCAUCAAUCUGGAAGCUAUGUCUGGUUCUUAGAGAUCUUGGAACAAGAAAAAUCAGGACCAAAGUCACUUUUGUCCCACAUUCCAGAAGAAAAGCACCUGACUGGCCAGUCAGCACACUCCUAAGAAAGAACCUGGCCGAGUCUCCAAGGUGGCCACAGAGGAGACUUCUGGAGUUUGUGUCUUUCACCUGAUUCCCAACUACAGACUUCUGUUGCUCAUCAGGAAAUUUCUAGUUUGAGGACCAGGCCCCAGCUGCCAUCACUGGGUUUGGAAAGCACCUUAAUUGAAUCAUGGGAGCAUCAGGACAUAAGUAGCACUUCCUUAUCAAAUUUGGGAGCCAGAGACUUCAAAGCACUUCUAAGAUUCAUUGGUUGACUCUUGCAAUAGAAACUGAAGUUUUCCCAAACCCAUAAAGCCUUAGCCCUGGUUCUCAAUAAAAUUAUAAAGGAUCCUAGAGGUAUGUGAUUUUACUCAACCUAAAACACCACAUGCCAGGCCUGAGUAGCUAAAAGAAUUCUGGCCCAAGAAUGAAGAGACCAGUACUCCAGCUCCAGAAGUGUGACUGUGGAUAAGACCUGGGCCUCUGUGGGCCUCUCCUUUCUCAUCUGUAAAAUGAAGCUGGAUGAAAUGAUGCCAGGGGCUUUGGCUGAUGUUUGAGAAUUUGGUUUAGUUACUAAAUGCCAAACAUUGGUGUUCUGCCCAGAAGAAUGGCUCUCUAGAGGCAAGUGUGAUCCUACUUUUUUUGUGGUACAUCUGGGCCUUUCCAAGAGGCACAUGUCACCAUCUGGCCUACCUUUAAAAAGGAAAGUAGUAUCUAUAUUCUUGGGACCUGCUGAUAACCAACUUCCUUUUUAUAGGGAGGGUUGAACUGGACAAUGGCAGGUGAGAUGACCAGGGUUCAUGUGAAUUCCUUCUAUCCCUGAGGCUCUGGUGGGACACUGGAAACCCAACAGUGGGGAAUGGCUAAAUUACUUGGGAUUCUUAAAUUUUGGUCUCUAGAAACAAAUGCAAGAGUUAUUGCUGGAUCACUUCUGGGACCCUAGUCCUCCCAGACAUGCUUGUUUCUCUCUCUGAUGUGGGUGGACAGACUUUAGCCAGCAAGUCCGAACGUUAGUUCUGCGUUUCAGCACUUUAGACUCUUCCUGUCAAAACGUUAGCCUUAGCCCAAGCAUCUAACUAGGUGGUUCAUCUGGUGGCAUUUGACCUAUUUCCUUUCGUAUUCAUUCCUUGAAAAUUACAGUGAUAAAAAGCAACAAGUACAGUGUGUUGUGUAAGUACGUUCUCCGUGCAUUUAUGAGACCACCAGGCAAGGGAACAAAAAACAGCUCAGUUAGGAAGAGGAUGGUGCUCUGAAAUGCAAAGGCCAGUCUAUUGUUAAUAAGCUCUGCAUCUUCAUAGUACUGUUUCAAAUAUCUGGAGAAGGUGGUGGUGGAAACGAUUCACCUCAUUAGUGCCAAUUCCAGGGAAGGCUCUUCACCAUAGAUACUAACCCUGGAUCCCCUCUAGGGACCUGGCAGAGCUGGAAGUGCCAACACGCAGACCCCUGGCAGCCUCCAGGUCCAUCUGCCAAUGACAGCAUGACCAGCAAGGCUGGAAAGAUCUAAAUAGCACAAGUAGGACAGCUAUAGUAGAAGGUUCAGAACCCAACUGCUUGGAUGUGGGAACUGGUUAGAAGCAUUCUUAGGCCUCAAAGAGAAAACAGAUUGAAAAACAACCACUGCUGCCAAGCUAGAUGGAGGGAGGCAUGAACUAUUCAGCCCCACAGACUUUCCCCAGUUUACACUCUGCACUGCAUUCCUGGCUGGUUUUGCCCGUGUCUGUUGGACUUUAAAGCUUAUGUGUGUUUAAGCUCACGGAGACAAGCAUCUCCCAAGACCAGGAUAUUGCCCACUUCCUAGGACUUUCCAGUUGGCCCAAGGAGCCGAUGCAUUCAGCUUCUGAAAGGAGUCAGAGCCAAGAUGUGUCUGCCUUCUGUAGCCACUGUGCUUUAUUUUGGUUCCAAAGAGAGAUCAAAUAGUUCUGACGCCUCAGGAGGUUUGAAUCAAGGUGUGAAAGCAGGACCUCCCUGGGUGAAAAUCAAGGCCAUUUCUGUGUGGCUUCACCAGAUCUCUGUACAGUCACCGCUGCAGGGUGGGGGAAUGACCAAAGGAGCACACAGUGAGCCUCAGUAGUGGGGGUACAGUGACGGGGCAAACAAGUGAACAUUAGGAGAACUGGGAGGGUCUUCCUUCAGGGGAAAGUUCUGGCCCAUUUCACAAAAAUCUAAAAAGUAACUUCCUUAAAUUCAGGGUACUGUGGUAUAGGAAAGGGAAAGGGAUAGUAUCCAGGGGACCUGAGUUCUGGCUUUACACUGCUAUGUGACCUUGGAUGAGCCACUGAACCCCCCCUGAAUCGCAUGAUAAAAGGGUCUCUGCUCUGAGUUCUGAACCCUGUAUUUUAGGCAUCAUUUGGCUUCCUUGCCACAGGGACAUUGUACUACCAUUUAGAGGCCUUCUUCCUUCCCCCACCCCCAAUCUGGAUUAUUUUACAGAAAAUGUAAGUCUGAAUUGACAUCCGAAGCUCCCAAAUGAAAUCUGUAAGCUUAGGUAAUAUGGGGAUUUUCUUCCUCCUCUGCUCUUUUUUUUUUUUUUUUUUUUUUUAAACCUCCUCUGCUCUUUACAUAGAAUCUGGAAAAUUGUGCCUCUUCUUGGAAUUCUAUUCUUCCUUCACAGAGGAGAGGCUGGGAGAAACGUACAGAAGCACCUAUGCAACUCUUGCAUCCUCUCUGGAGUUUAUGUGCUUUUUGGCAGAAGUGGCUCUAGCUUCCCCAUACUUCAUCUUGCUUUCACAAGGAGCCACUUGUCCUUAGAGGUUUACAAACACUUCAGCUUGUAAGAUACAUGUUUGCCAGAAAGGACAAGAAGAGGUAUUUUCCCAGAAUUCCUGAGAGUCUUUCUGAAUUCUCCCAGAGUGGGCAGUUUCUCUUAAAUGCCACCAGAUUGUCAGAUCAGUUGUGGGAUUACUUUCCCAUUUGGGUAGGCAAAAGCUGUGGCACAGUGGUGGUGGUAUUAUAAUAAUUAAUUUUAAAGUUUUCAGUUUUUUAAGGUUUUUCCUUUGAAGCCUCUUUCAUUUGGGAAGUGAAGUGUUAGCUUAGGUCAUGAUGCAAGUGUGGCUGUUCUGUGGCAUGAGAUAAUGUGCAUAAACCAAACAGAAACAUCUCAACUGUUCAGGAAAGAGGGCUGUCUGGUGAGGUCUCUCAGUAUUGGGAUCUGUUAAUUCUGUAAAUCUAAAGUAAAUUCUUUUUUGCUCUCCUGACUCAGUAUUGGUUUGCUUGAAAUGCAAGUGACAGGCAUUGUCAGAGUCAAAUAUUCCUCCUUAUAAGACUUGCUCCACUGGAAGGCCCAGUGUGACUCGUGGAUGGAGAAGCUAGUGAUGAAUCUGUUUGCCAACUGGCUGCUCGUCCUUGGUCUCACUGGGCAGCACGUUAAGCUGGGGAGAAAGCUGCCAUUGGGGUUCUUGUGGCUAUGCCUCCACAUCUUGGCACAUCAGGUGGUAACCUGUUAUGGGUGGAAUGCUUAAAGCCUCUGAUCCUCCUCUGACAGGGUAGGAGGUAGGCUAAUGUUCUGACCGGAUUGGUUCCUCAUUUCAGCCACUGGUCACAUUCCUCACUUCAAACUGAAAUUCAGUUUAGCUUUGAGUAGACCGACAAGUGGUGGUGGAUUCAUCUACUUCAGUGUUUGUUUUGACCAAAAGUUUAUUUUUCUAGUGCAUUUUCUACGUCAAAGUGGUGAAAACAUGUAAUUUUAGUAUGCAUGACUGGGUCUUAAACAAUAAAAAUUCCUGUAAGGUUA